AACCCUGGCCCCGGAGAACUGAAGCAGCUUACUCUCUAAACAGAUAGGUCGCAGCGCAACGGGGCGGGGGACUCACUCGAUGCGUGUAGCAGCAGAGCGAGCAACCACACCAGCUCGCAAAAGACUGACAGCAGGCAUAGCCUGCCAGGGUAGCAGCCAAAACUCUGGGUACCAAACGGACGGCGGACAUCGAGCACCCUCACAGCCUGGGUAGUACUCAGGGUAAAAUCUCAAUUAGAAACGACAGCAUUUAUCUUUCUGUAUAAAAUAAAAAAGAAUCGCACAAACUACUGCAGGAACAGCACUAAAUGUAAAUUAAUCCUAUCCACUUAUUGAACUGUUCCUAAACACUCGGGCACCACCUGCUUUCGGGUGCAAGUGUCACUUAGAUCCAGAAGGUCUCCCUAAAGGCAACGUCCAACGUGCAGAAUGGCAGCAGCUAAAGCGGAGAUGCUCAUGUCACCUCUGCAGAUUUCUGACCCAUUUGGCUCUUUUCCUCAUUCUCCCAUGGAUAACUACCCCAAACUAGAGGAGAUAAUGCUUCUGGGUUCUGGGGGAGCCCAGUUUCUGGCAUCUGCAUCUUCAGACAGCUCGGCGUUCAGCACAGAAGCCAACGAUCAGUUCGAACACCUUUCUGCAGAUACCUUUACAGAUAUUUCAUUGACCAAUGAAAAGAGCCUGGUAGAGACAAGUUAUCCAAAUCAGACUGGCAGAUUACCUCCUAUCACCUACACUGGCAGAAUUUCUCUGGAGCCUGCUAGCAAUGGUGGCAACACUCUAUGGCCUGAGCCUCUCUUCAGCCUAGUCAGUGGACUGGUUGGCAUGGCUACCCCAUCAAGCACUUCUACAGCGUCCUCUUCACCUUCAUCUUCUUCAUCUCAAAGUCCUUCCUUAAGCUGCUCUGUUCAACUUAGUGAUGCACAUCCCAUUUAUUCUGCAGCACCUACUUUUCCAAGCUCCAACUCUGACCUGUUUCCUGAUGCACAGACUCAGCCUUUCCCAAAUCCUACCAGUACAGCUAUCCAGUACCCACCACCAGCUUAUCCAGCAACAAAGAGCUGCACUACCAAUUUCCAGGUGCCAAUGAUUCCAGACUAUCUGUUCCCUCAACAGCAAGGAGAGAUCAGCUUAAUUGCACCAGAUCAGAAACCAUUCCAGUCCCUGGAAGCCAGAAGCCAGCAGCCAUCUCUAACACCUCUGUCUACAAUUAAAGCUUUUGCAAGCCAGACUGGGUCUCCAGAACUGAAGACAGUCAGCUCUACAUAUCAGUCUCAGAUUAAUAAGUCUGGCAGAAUUAAAAAAUAUCCUAACCGUCCAAGCAAGACCCCACCCCAUGAGAGACCUUAUGCUUGCCCAGUCGAGUCAUGUGACAGGAGAUUUUCCAGGUCAGAUGAACUAACUAGGCACAUCCGUAUCCACACUGGACAGAAACCAUUUCAGUGCCGAAUCUGCAUGAGAAACUUUAGCAGGAGUGAUCACCUGACAACACACAUUAGGACCCACACAGGCGAAAAACCGUUUGCAUGCGAUAUCUGUGGCAGAAAGUUUGCAAGGAGUGAUGAAAGAAAAAGACAUACAAAAAUCCAUCUCAGGCAAAAAGAUAAAAAGGCAGAGAAAGUUGCCCCAGUACCAGUCUCCUCCUCUUCACCUGUGCCCAGUUACCCAUCUCCUGUAUCUACAUCAUACCCUUCUCCAGUGUCUACAUCAUAUCCCUCUCCAGUGCCUACAUCAUACUCCUCUUCCCCUGUGCCUACAUCAUACUCCUCUUCCCCUGUGCCUACCUCAUUUUCCUCCUCCCCUGUGCCUACCUCAUUUUCCUCCUCCCCUGUGCCUACCUCAUUUUCCUCCUCCCCUGUGCCUACCUCAUUUUCCUCCUCCCCUGUGCCUGCGUCAUUUUCUUCCUCUCCUGUGCCUACGUCAUUUGCAUCUUCUCCUGUGCCUACGUCAUUUGCAUCUUCUCCUGUGCCUACAUCAUUCUCUUCCUCUCCUGUGCCUACUUCAUACUCUUCCUCUCCUGUGCCUACUUCAUACUGUUCCUCUCCUGUGCCUACAUCUUUCUCCCCCUCUCCUGUCCAUACCUCAUUCCCCUCACCAACAGUGACUGCCCCAUUUCCUUCAGUAACCACAUCAUUUCAGUCCCAGGUGGCAACUACCUUUCCCUCAUCAGUAGCUAAUAACUCCUUUAGUUCACAGGUGGUCAGUGUGCUUUCAGAAAUGCCAUCAGACCUUUCCCCAAGGACAAUUGAAAUUUGUUAAAAGACUGACAUUUUAUUGACAAGAACUCUAUAUUAUCCCAAGGACAAUCAAUAUUUCAAGGAUAGGUUGUCUUAGCUUUUUAAAGACAACAGUUAACUUUUCAGUAUACCUAAGACUUGCUAGUCAUACUGACAAUGGCUUAAAACUAUUUAAGAGUUGUCUAAGUAUGCUAGAUCUGCAUGGACAUAGAAAUGUAUUCUGUUUAAUGACACAGUAUCAAAUGUUAAAUGAACUGAAGGAAAAGGACUUUAAUUCUAUACAUAUACAAUGUAUAUUGUACAUGUGCCAUGUUUAUGUUAAGAUUUUUUUCGGUACUAUUGAUGUGAAACUGCAUAUUCACAUUGUAUUAUUUGGAGUCAACAGGGCCAUAUUUUUGCAUAUGGUGAGUCUCUUUAGUGGCAUUGCUGUGAUGAAUUUUGGCUUAGUUGAAGAACAGCACUUAUUGUGUAUUCAAGCAAGCAUGUGCAAGAGUGAUGUUAAGUUUACUUUUUGUAAAUAUCACCAAUGGUACUUUCACAUGUGACAAAAAGUUUUGUUUCAAAAGUUACAAAAGUUUUGGUGCCUUUUGUGAAGCCUUGCUUAUGUACUGACACAUGCAUUUAUGUGUAAAGCCUUAAGGUAUGAGGGAUUUUCAAGGAAUGUAAGAGAAUUUCAUAGAAAUGUUUAGAGUAUAAAGGGACAAAACAGACCUGAAGUACAGAAUGUACGCAAAAAAUAAAAGUAUAUUUUUGUAAUAGAAGUGUAAAUAUAUAAAUAUAUAUAUUCAGGAAUUGGAAUGUUGUAGUUACCUACUGAGUAGGCAUGGAUUUUGUAUGUUUUGAACAUGCAGUUAAUUAUUUUGUGGUUUAUUUUUACUUUGUUAUUGUGUAUGUUUAAACCAAGUGACUGUUUCUGGCUCAUAAACACAUUGAAUGCGCUUUACUGCCAGUGGGAUAUUUGGUGUACAACAUAUCCUUCAAAAGAAAAUAUAUAAAUAAAAAAUAAAACAUUACUAAAUAUAAA